CAAGUUGUUGUUGUUGCGCGGCCGAGGAAAAACGGAAAAAUUGGAAACGCGGAUGAAAACAAUGGUGAUUUUCGCCCGACGCUCGUGAUUUUCGACCGCUUUUGAGUGAAGAAAAAACCCGCCUGUUUUUGUGCGUGCCAGUGUGUGUGUGUGCGCGCGUGUACGUGUUCGUUUUAAAGACGCGCUUCGCGAUUUCUGUGCUGCCUUGUGGCUCCUGUGACUACAUGAAAAAUGUGGGCGAAACGUGAGCGAUAAAGGCCCGAUAGAGAAAAAGAAAAAAGUGUAACUACGUGUCUGCCCCACAGACGCGGCCAAUGUCCGCCAGCUAGCCAAGUUAAGAGACAACCGACGAUCAAAACGAGCCAACGUUACUAUAUAUCACAUAGAUAUAGCAUAGACCACCCCCCCAUUUUCCCGCCCCCAAUCAACCGAAAAGCCGGCAAAACGACGUCCAAGAAGAAGCAGACGCAGCCGACGCGGCCGAAGACGAGCAGCAUGUUCAAGUGCAUUCCCAUCUUCAAGGGCUGCAACCGGCAGGUGGAGUUCGUGGACAAGCGCCACUGCUCGCUGCCGCAGGUGCCAGAGGAGAUCCUGCGCUACUCCCGCACCCUGGAGGAGCUCUUCCUGGACGCCAACCACAUCCGGGACCUGCCCAAGAAUUUCUUCAGAUUGCAUCGCCUGAGAAAGCUGGGACUGAGUGACAAUGAAAUUGGCCGCCUGCCGCCGGAUAUACAAAACUUUGAAAAUCUCGUCGAGCUAGAUGUUUCACGCAAUGAUAUACCCGACAUUCCCGACGAUAUCAAGCAUCUGCAGAGCCUGCAGGUGGCCGACUUCAGCUCGAAUCCGAUACCCAAGCUGCCCUCGGGCUUCUCCCAGCUGAAGAACCUGACCGUCCUGGGCCUCAACGACAUGUCGCUCACCACAUUGCCAGCGGACUUUGGCAGCCUCACCCAGCUGGAGUCGCUGGAGCUCCGCGAGAAUCUGCUCAAGUACCUGCCCGAGACAAUAAGCCAGCUGACGAAGCUGAAGCGCCUGGACCUGGGCGACAACGAGAUCGAGGAUCUGCCGCCCUACCUGGGCUAUCUGCCCGGUCUGCACGAGCUCUGGCUGGACCACAACCAGCUGCAGCGCCUGCCGCCGGAGCUGGGCCUGCUGACUAAGUUAACCUACCUCGACGUGUCCGAGAACCGGCUGGAGGAGCUGCCCAACGAGAUCAGUGGCCUGGUCAGCCUGACGGACCUGGAUCUGGCCCAGAAUCUGCUCGAGGCCCUGCCCGAUGGCAUUGCCAAGCUGAACAGACUGACCAUCCUGAAGCUGGACCAGAAUCGAUUGCAACGGCUGAACGAUACGCUCGGAAACUGCGAGAACAUGCAGGAGCUGAUCCUCACCGAGAACUUCCUCUCCGAGCUGCCCGCCUCCAUCGGCCAGAUGACCAAGCUGAGCAACCUGAACGUGGAUCGCAAUGCGCUGGAGUACCUGCCCCUGGAGAUCGGCCAGUGUGCCAAUCUGGGGGUGCUCAGUCUGCGGGACAACAAGCUGAAGAAGCUGCCGCCGGAGCUGGGCAACUGCACGGUGCUCCAUGUGCUGGAUGUGAGCGGGAACCAGUUGCUGUAUCUGCCCUACUCCCUGGUCAAUCUGCAGCUGAAGGCCGUCUGGCUGUCGGAGAAUCAGUCGCAGCCGCUGCUUACCUUCCAGCCGGACUUCGAUGCGGAAACCGGGGAGCAGGUGCUGUCCUGCUAUCUGCUGCCCCAGCAGGAGUACCAGCCAAUUACCCCAGACUAUCCACCCAUGACGCUUUAUAGAUCAAGCGAAAAAUUCGAUUCGACGGAAUUCUUCAGUUAUCAGCAGAAAGCCCGUGACCUGGAAUCCGAUUCGGAGCCGUUCGAGGAGCGCGAGCCGUCGCGCACGGUGGUCAAGUUCUCGGAGGAGGCCAGCCAGGAGAAGGACACGCCCUUCGUGCGCCAGAACACGCCGCAUCCCAAGGAUCUCAAGGCCAAGGCGCAGAAGCUGAAGGUGGAGCGCAGCCGGAACGAGGAGCACGCCAACCUGGUCACGCUGCCCGAGGAGAACGGCACCAAAUUAGCCGAGACGCCAACCGAGACCCGAACCAUUGCCAACAAUCACCAACAGCAGGCGCAGCCAGUGCAGCAACCCACCGUUGGUGUGAACUCCAAGCAGCCAGUGGGUGUAGUAACUCCCACCACGACGACAGUCGCACCACCAGCCAUACAGGGUGGCUCAGAGGGCAGCAGCACCACCGCCAACAAUGUGAAGGUGGCCACUGCAGCUGUGGUCGCCGAACUGCAGGCUACAGUUGGUGGAACCGAUGAGGCCCAGGAUGAGGACGAGCAGGAGGAUGAGUUUGAAUCCGAUCGCCGUGUGGGCUUUCAGGUGGAGGGCGAAGAUGAUGACUUCUACAAAAGGCCACCAAAAUUGCACAGAAGGGACACUCCGCACCACCUAAAAAACAAGCGUGUGCAGCAUUUAACCGACAAGCAGGCCAGCGAGAUCCUGGCCAAUGCCCUCGCCUCCCAGGAGCGCAAUGAUGGCACACCGCAGCACUCGCUGUCCGGCAAGGUGACAUCGCCCAUCGAGGAGGAGGAGCAGCUGGAGGUGGAGCAGGAGCAGGAGCAGCAGCAGCAGCAUCCCUUCGACUCCUCGCUCUCGCCCAUUCCAGCUGGCAAAGCAGAGGCUGCCACCGACUCAGACAACCUGGAUGGCGUCACGGAGCUGCGCUUGGAGCAGUACGAAAUCCACAUCGAACGCACUGCAGCCGGACUGGGCCUGAGCAUUGCCGGUGGCAAGGGUUCCACGCCCUUCAAGGGCGACGACGAUGGCAUCUUCAUAUCCCGGGUCACCGAGGCGGGACCCGCCGAUCUGGCCGGCCUUAGAGUGGGCGACAAGGUGAUCAAGGUCAAUGGCAUCGUGGUGGUUGAUGCGGAUCACUACCAGGCGGUGCAGGUGCUGAAGGCCUGUGGUGCCGUCCUGGUUCUGGUGGUGCAGCGGGAGGUUACCCGCCUAAUUGGACACCCCGUGUUCAGCGAGGAUGGCAGUGUGUCGCAAAUCUCGGUGGAAACGCGAACACUGGUUGCGGAGGCUCCUCCGGCUACUGCUGUCAGCCAUGAGCGUUACAUCCCGGCAGCCAUUGAAGUGGUGCCCCAGCAGCAGCAGCAGCAGCAGCUCCAGCAGAUACAACAUCCCAUUCAGCAGGUGGCCCCAGCACAUAGCUAUUCUGGCAAUGUGUUUGCCACACCCACACCCACUGCCCAGCCUGCUGUCGCUCCCAAUGGAUUGCUCCUGAAUGGCAGGGAGGCGCCGCUGAGCUACAUCCAGCUGCACACGACGCUCAUCCGCGAUCAGAUUGGCCAGGGACUGGGAUUCAGCAUUGCGGGCGGCAAGGGUUCGCCGCCCUUCAAGGACGACUGCGAUGGCAUUUUCAUAUCGCGCCUCACGGAGGGCGGCCUGGCGCACCGCGAUGGCAAAAUUAUGGUGGGCGACCGUGUGAUGGCGAUUAACGGCAACGAUAUGACGGAGGCGCAUCAUGACGCGGCCGUCGCCUGUUUGACGGAACCGCAGCGAUUUGUGCGUUUAGUACUGCAGCGCGAGUAUCGAGGUCCUCUGGAGCCGCCCACGAGUCCACGCAGUCCGGCCGUGCUCAACUCGCUGAGCCCCUCCGGAUAUCUGGCCAACCGACCAGCUAACUUCAGUCGCUCUGUGGGCGAAGUGGAGCAGCCCUACAAGUACAACACCCUGGCGUCGACCACGCCCACUUAUACUACCACGCCCACCGUGCCAGCUAGCAUAAGCAACAAUAGCAACACGCUGCCCAGCAGCAAAACCAAUGGAUUUGCAACAGCUGCUGCGGCUUCGGCUGCCCCUUCUGUGGCUGCCUCUUCCGUUGGUGCCACGAUAGACAGUGCCACGGGGCAACCAGUUCCGGCUCCUCGGCGCACCAACUCGGUUCCCCUGGGCGAAGGAGACCUUGGAGCGGCCUCCACCACCAGCGGCGAUUCUGGCGAGGCUCAGCCCUCCUCGCUGCGACCGCUGACCAGCGAUGACUUUCAGGCGAUGAUUCCGGCACACUUCCUCAGCGGCGGCAGUCAGCAUCAGGUGCAUGUGGCACGGCCCAACGAGGUGGGCGUGAGUGCGGUCACCGUGAAUGUGAACAAGCCGCAGCCGGAUCUGCCCAUGUUCCCGGCGGCACCCACCGAACUGGGCCGCGUCACCGAGACGAUCACCAAGUCCACCUUCACGGAGACCGUGAUGACCCGCAUCACCGACAAUCAGUUGGCGGAACCCCUGAUCAGUGAGGAGGUUGUGCUGCCCAAGAACCAGGGCUCCCUGGGAUUCAGCAUCAUCGGCGGAACGGAUCAUUCCUGUGUGCCCUUUGGCACUCGAGAGCCUGGAAUUUUCAUAUCGCACAUUGUGCCCGGCGGGAUUGCCUCCAAGUGCGGCAAGCUGCGCAUGGGAGAUCGCAUAUUGAAAGUCAACGAGGCGGAUGUUUCCAAGGCCACACAUCAGGAUGCCGUUCUGGAGUUGCUGAAGCCAGGUGAUGAUAUCAAGCUGACCAUCCAGCACGAUCCACUGCCGCCAGGAUUCCAGAGCAUAGAAGUAGUUUAUGUAAAAACAGAGGAAGUGCUGCUCAGCAAGGCGGAGGGCGAACGUCUGGGCAUGCACAUCAAGGGUGGGCUAAAUGGACAGCGCGGUAAUCCUGCCGAUCCCUCCGACGAGGGUGUCUUCGUGUCCAAAAUUAACUCGGUCGGUGCGGCCAGACGGGACGGAAGGCUUAAGGUGGGCAUGCGUCUGCUGGAGGUUAAUGGACACUCGCUGCUGGGCGCCUCGCACCAGGAUGCGGUCAAUGUGCUGCGCAACGCCGGCAACGAGAUUCAAUUGGUCGUUUGCAAGGGCUACGACAAGUCCAAUUUAAUUCAUUCCAUUGGCCAGGCCGGCGGCAUGAGCACUGGCUUCAACUCGUCUGCAUCCUGCAGCGGUGGCAGUCGCCAAGGAUCUCGUGCCUCGGAAACGGGCUCGGAACUGAGCCAGAGUCAGAGUGUAUCCAGUCUGGACCACGAGGAGGAUGAGCGACUGCGACAGGACUUUGAUGUCUUCUCCUCGCAGAAGCCAGAUGCCCAGCCAACUGGUCAAACGAUCCUGGCCGCCGCUGCCGCCAUGGUGCAUGGCACCACUUCGCCCACUCCCGCUGCUGUGACUGCCACACCCACUCCUGCUCCUGCUGCUGCUCCAGUGGCAUCUGCUGAUUUACCGGCCCAGGACACGCCAGCCACCCAGACCGUGGCGCUCAUUCACGCAGAACAACAGGCCCAUCAACAGCAACAACAGCAGACGCAACUGGCGCCCUUGGGUCAGGAGAAGAGCACCCAGGAGAAGGUGCUGGAAAUUGUGCGCGCGGCUGACGCCUUCACCACCGUGCCACCAAAGUCACCGUCGGAGCACCACGAGCAGGACAAGAUACAGAAGACCACGACGGUUGUCAUAUCGAAGCACACGCUCGACACGAAUCCCAGUACCCCCACAACGCCGGCGGCACCUCUGCCCAUCGCCGGAUCUGCUGAGUCAGCGAACUCUGCUCCUGCUCCUGCUCCUGCAUCCUCGCCAGGUUCGGGGCCAGUGCUUCCUGCCGCCACCGUGCAGACACAGACGCAAACGACCUCUGAGGGCAGAGAUGGCGAGGAGCAGUCGCAACUACAGCAACGAGGCACCCAGACUCCGGAUCGCCUGGCCCCCGGAGCACGUUACUCCUACCAGCAGAUGCUGGAGUCGCAGGAGGAGAACCAAACCACCCCAUCGAAGCCCAAGAAGGCGGAGCCCGUGUACAUCAUAGAUGACGAGGAUGAUGAUGAAGAUGACGAUGAGGAUGAGGAGGAGGAGGAGGAGGAGGAGGAUGAAGACGAAGUCCAUGCUGGUUCCCAUAGGCUGGACGACAUAGAUGCCAUCCUGGAGGAGGACGAGGAGGAGGACACGGAGAGCUCUCCGCCCCUGGAGGUGCAGUCACCUCCUUCCUAUGCCGACACCGAUUCCGAUACCUUCGAUCGACGACGUGGUCGCUACACCAGCGAUUCCGAGAGCGACUGUCGACCCUACAAACCCUCGAGAUCGGGUCGCAGUACACCUGAAUAUGGAGGUCAUCGCAAGUCCGUGAGCUUCGAUCUCAGCGGGGAUGAGCGUUCCAAGUCAGACUACGAACGAUCCCGCUCCCGCACUCCAGAUGGCUAUACCAGGGCCUACGAUUCGGAGCAGGAUACUCGAGGUCCGGGCCGAAAUCGCCUGCCUCGCAAAGGCAUCCUGCGGGCCACCAGUCCCUGCUCCACGCUGGACAAAGCAGUGCCCAUUGUGCCGGCAGUGGCUCGCAUCCGUGAAGUGGAGUCGCCACAGCUGCAGCGAGUUUCCAGGGCCACCUCCCCAGAUCCACCCGCCGGCGAACUGGACCGGGAGAAUCCCUUCCGGCAUCCCACACUCGAGGAUGAUGAGUACACGAGGAUAGCCAAGGAGGUCAGCAGGUCACCAAGAUCACCACGCUCCCCGCGCGAGCAGUUCUUCUUUGGCUCUUCGAGAUCUAGCGAGGAUCUGCUAGAGCAAUCCCAGUCGCAGUCCAGUGGACGCAGCACACCCAACACCGUGAUCUCCAAGUCCACGGAGAACCUGACGGGCACUCGACCAAAGAUACCUCCACCAGUUGCCCCAAAACCCCAGCUGAAGAAGGCGGAUCUGGUGCGGAAUGUGGCGCUGGAGACCUUCCAGAACACCGAUGUGGGUCAGGGUGACUUUACGGUCUUCGAGCACGAUGCCAGCACGAAUACGAUCCAUCCGGUGGAGGCCAAGCUGCCCGUGAGGGUCACCACCAAGACGAAACCGAAUCGCCCGAGGGAAUCGCCACCACCGCCGCCCGUGAACUUUGCCACGCUGCCAACCAAGGUGCCUAGUACUCCCACUCUACGGGAUGUGGAGGAAUCCAUCUACAUGGAGGCCCUGCCACCGACCUCGCCCUCGCAGUUCCGCCCCCACGAGUUUCUGCACGAGAACUCACCGGACAAUAUCCUGGUAUCGCCGCAGGAGCACCGCGAGUAUUUGCUGCGCGAAAACGAGCUGAGGAAUCAGCUGCGGGCGCCCUAUGAACCAGCUCCUCCGGUUCCCAUCACCGGCGGUGGAUAUUCGCUGCUGGUCGCCGGGUCGCCCAACCAGAUCUUUCCCACCGCCCAAAUACUGCCGGUGCAGUAUGCCAGUUUGCCGCAACCGCAGCAGCCCAACACGCUCACCCUUAAGCCCGCCUCUCCUACGGCGACCUCUGACCCCAAGCCCAACCCUAGCCCCGCCCCCUCAGCCUCUCCCCUUUUCAACCUGGUCCUCCUGCCGCCCGGCGACCAGGUGGUGACCAACAAAUCUGGCUCUACGGCCCUGCUCUACCUGCAAUCGCCGCAGUUAUCGUCAACACCUGGAGCUGCUGCUGCAGAGCCCACAUCAACACCGAGUAAAGUGCCUAAAUCGGUUUCCGAUAAAAAACGCUUCUUUGAGUCAGCCAUGGAGGAUCAACACAGGCCCACACAAAAGACAGACAAAGUUUUCUCAUUCCUGUCAAAGGAUGAAGUGGAAAAGCUGCGACAGGAGGAGGAGAGGAAAAUUGCAACAUUGCGCCGUGAUAAGAAUUCCAGAUUACUGGAUGCCGCCAACGACAACAUUGACAAGAAGGAUGCCGCGGAGAAGAGGAGCCAUGACAACAGCAGCGGCGAGGAUAAUGAUGACAGCGACCAGGAGGAGGAGGCGGAGGAUUCUGUUGACAACGCCGCUCUGGGGCACUUAACUGAUGCGGAGGACAUGAGAACCGCACAAGAAAGUCUGGCGCAGACAAUGCCACAUGCCCCCAGCAAAAUACCCAAGCAGAAGAAGAGACCCAUUGAGGCGGCGACUCCUGUUGAUACGCCCAAGCCCUCCCUGCUGCCCAAGCCAAAGGUCAAGGUGGUCAUUCCACCGGCACUGCAGCAGCGGCUUAAGAAGCAGCAGCAGGAACCGCAAUCCCAGCCCGAAGAGCCCUCGAUUCCGGAGGAGGAACCUCAUCAGCAGCCGGACCUGUCAUCCUCCUCCCCGCCCGCAGGAGGCAGCAGGAUACCCAUAAGAACCCUGAAGGCCGAACGCCGCGCCCUGGCCUCGGCUGCCCGCCAAUCCGGACUCAGGGUGGAGGAGUAUCUGCGGCAACUGGAGGCGCAGGAUGACAAAGGGUCCCCCACUCCGCCCACCACACCAACUACUCCAACUACGCCCACUGGCAAGAGCCGUUCCAUGAUUAAUGCUGAGAAGCGCGCCUCUUGGCGGGCAGCUCGUCUUCGAUCACUGGAACAGGGGGCCGUGGAGGCCCAGGAUGUGAUCAAGAACAUGCGCAAGAUGACCGACGAUCUGAUCACCCACGAAUCCAAGGCCAGCGAGGCCCGGCCGAAAAUAGUCUUUCCAAAAAUUGCCAUAAAAUCGAGCGAUGGUCCAGUCAUUGUGCGCGAACGCGAGAAAAUACUCGAUGAGAAGAUUGUGCGCCGCACUGAGGAGGUGGCAUGCCCCAUUACGGGGCGACCUCAACUGCGCACCGUCGAGUACAUUGAGAAAAUCAUCGAGACGGAGGUGGAGACCUGCAAGGAGCGCAUCAUAUCCUUGGAGCUGCAGGUGCCCGAAGCGGAGGACGAGGUCAGGCUAGAUGACACGCAACCGCCGCUGGAACUGCAGGCAGAUGACUUCCAGGACGAGGAGGAUGAGGACGAGGAUGAGGAAGAUGAUGAUGAAGACGACUAUGAGGAUGAGGAGGAGGAGGAGGAGGAGGACACCGCCUCCAUAGUCACCGUGCAGGCCAACAAUGAGAAGCUGUUCCUGCGCCACGACUCCGAUCCCUAUGGCCCCUCGUCCAUUGAAAGCGUGGCAUCCGGCAAGGUGCGCAUCAAGCCCACUCCCCUGUCGCUGCACCAGACCCUGGCCAAGGAGACCACCAUUGUGGAGGUCUUGAAUCCCGUGAUUGGAGGCGAUGGGAGUGCCCGCACCAUCCAUGUGAGCGGUGGCCUGCCCUUCGACGAGGACGAGGAUUUCGAGCAGGGCGCCAUGGCCGUCCUUCGUAGCGAAACUUUCGUCCUGCCAGGAGCCGCCGGCGGUGGCAGGUCUGAGCUGUCAUUAAAUGCUAAAAUGAAAACCGUGCUCGAGGAGCUGCUGGAGAACGAGCGCGUCAAAUUGAAUUUGCAAAAGAGCCUCGAGGAGGAUGAGCACGAGGAUGAGGAUGAGGAGGAUGGCAGUGCCUAUGGCGACGCGCGGGACGAUGAGGAGAGCGCCUACGGCGAUGCCAUCGACGAUGUGGUUGACUUUGGUCGACCAGCUGCUAAUGACCAGGAUGAUGCCAAGAACGGCAAUCAGCAGCUGCUCGAGGAGCUGAUUAAGGAUAGCAACCGCAACACAAUCAUUGCCAAACUGGCGGGCCAAUUGUCGGACGAUGAUGAGGAGGAAGACGACGAGGAAGAGGAGGAGAGCAGUGACUCCUCCGACGAGGAUAGCGAUGAAUCCGAAGAUGAGGACAAUGCCCAAGAGCAGCUGAACGUCACCUAUGUGCAAGGCGCCCACGUGAUCGAGAAUCUCAAUACCCUAGCCACUGGUAGCAAACUACAAAAGUCGCAGACCUAUACAACCAUCAGGGAGGCGACUGACGAGGAGGAGGAGGAGGAGAAGGAGCCCAAGGAGGACACCAAGCUGGAGGAGGCACCUGCCUGUGGCUCUGAUACCUUGGCCCAGCUGCAGGCCGAGCAACGCGCCCUGGCCGAGAUCUCAAAGCAGCUGCGCAAGUCUGUGGAGGAUUUGCUCAGCGCCGAAGGCGAUACAGUGGUAGAGACCCAAAGGACCUACACUUUGCCCGCCCCCAGCGACAGUGCCUCCGUGGUCACCGUCACCGAGGUGGUCAAGAAGCAGAAGAAAAAGAAGGUGGGUGAAUCUGGAGAGGAACUGUUCAAUCGGCUUCUAAGCGCAGGCGAAUCGGAACGUCAGGUCUUCGACCGUCAGCAGGGCGAGACCAUAACGACCACCACCACGACCACAGAGGCUGUGAGCUCCGAGGACAACGAGCCGAGCACCAGUGUGGUGACCACCACGCGGACCGUGUCCAACAUUGUGACGAGCGGAAUUCCCAGGCCGGAAUCCAGCAAGCAGAACAACCGCAGCAGCAGCAACAAUAACCGCAACAAGAACAAGCGGAAGGGCAAAAAGAAGUAGAUGAUGGAGGGAGAGGGGAUUUCCGGUUAGCAGCUGGAAGGAAAUGGGCCAAAGUGUUGAAGUUGCGUAUACGCCGUGUGGUGGGUAUGGGUUGGCUAUGAGUAUAUGUGAUCCAAGCGAAUCCUGAUUACACGCACAACCUCCCGCACAAAAAAAACACCGACUCAAAACCAUCCACACAGACAUAUCAGCGUGUAGAGGGCUCGCUGUCAUCAUUUUAUAUAUAUUCUAUACAUAACAAUCUACCACUAAUUGUAUACAUAUGUAUAUUAUGUAUGUACGAUAUUACGAUAUUCGCUUAUGUAUUGAUAAUUUUAAUUAAUUGUGCAAAUAACGUGUCCCCUGCAUUUUACAGCAACCCAUUUGUUACUAAUCAUGAGAGUGUACAUGCAUUAAAACAAAAUAUUUUCAUUGCAAAUUAAAAACAAAUCGAAUCGAACCGCGCAAUGAGAGAUUGCAAGAAUUUAUUGGUAAAUUGUAAAUUUAAUGUUGUGCAGCAACCACAAAGAAACGACAACAACACACAAAUCGCCCAUCAGAAUUGAAUUAAUACGAAAGUAGCUCCAGAGAGAGAAAGAAAAAAAUAACAAAAAUCUUAUUUAAUUGAAUUAAAUAAUUUCACUUUGUUUGCAUUUAACUAUCAUUUGCAUACACAGCAUCUGGUUUUUCUCCCUCCAUUUUUUUUGGAUCAUUUCCAAUGGGCCUUGCUUAUUUUCCGCAAAUUAAAUUUACGUUUUAUGUUCUAGCACAAAAAGUAGGAGCCAUCGCAGCCGGCGGAAGUAUUCACGAUGAGAUCCUUUACGAACCAUCUAUAAACUUUAAGCAUUCCCGACUGCCCGCGUUUUUUGGGGCUAUUCUUUUUAGUUUUUAGCCCUAAGCAAAAGCUAACCAUAAACUAAAUUCGAAACGAGCGAAAAAAGCGAUGAGAAAAAAUAAUUAAAAUUAUCAUAAAUAAUAAUAGUUAGCAGUGUGUAAGAGCGUCCAGUUGUAAUCCGUAGUUUGUAACACAAGGCAUAAGCACAACUAUGACAAAUGUCCUAUGGCGAUUGCGAUUUCAGUUUCCACUUUUAUACAAAUGUAAAAAUAUUUACAAGCAAUUUUAUGUAAUACCUAUAUGAUAUCUAGUGUGUAAAUUUGACUUUUUAUGAAAAAGGAAAGCAAACCGCUGAACGCAAAACGAAUGAAAAUAAACAAAAUGUAUGCAUUUUUAUUUAAAAAGAAAACAACAACCAAA